AACUAGGGUGUAGAAUCUGUGUAUAACCUCCGCUAAAUUUAUUAAUAUUUAGAUUAAAAAUGUAUCAUUUAUGAUACUUGUGGUUUGAUUUGUGUAAAGAUUGUUAAAAGUGAUGUUGUGUAAUAUCGUUUGUGUUCUUGUGGUGUAUUUGUAGCCUAUAUAAAAAUUAAAUAUGGCCUCGAACCGAGGAAUUCAGAUUGGAUCCGCGUGGUUUCAACGAAAGCUGAAUCUGAGACCUCAACAUCGGGGCGUGCAUCUUGUUACGGAGGAAAUUCUAAAGCAGGUGCCAGAACUGUCACAGUUCGCAGUUGGCCUCUGCCACAUUCAAAUAAUGCACACCUCAGCAAGUCUAGCAUUAAAUGAAAGUUGGGACCCGGACGUCAGAGACGACAUGGAAAUGAUGCUCAACAAAAUAGUGCCCGAGGGUCUUCCGUACCGUCACUCGUGUGAAGGCCCUGAUGAUAUGCCAGCUCACGUAAAAGCCUGUUUUUUGGGUUCAUCACUUACAAUUCCAAUUACUGAUGGUAAAUUAAGCUUAGGCACAUGGCAAGGUGUAUGGUUAUGUGAGCACAGAAAUCAUGCUGGCAGCCGGAAGAUUGUAGUAACAUUGUCAGGGUGUCCGCGCGACUCCCCCCUGUCCCCCGUGUCGGCCGCAUCAUGUUCCAGUUAGGAAAGGGGGGGGGUUACGACCCCCCACUCUAAGUCCCACUCGCGUCCCUCCUCGAAGAGUACGAGAAGGUAAACGUUACGCGAAUUCACCUUUUAUACCCACCCACCCUAGACAUUAGUUCUUAUUCUUAUCUUCGAGCGACAAUAUGUACAUAAGAUUAAUAUUUUGUAAAGCUCUGCAUGGCAGUUUGAACAGAAUGCACGGCUGGCUGAUUUACUAUUCAUUCGCGUUUGAACGUAACUAACUAGAGCAGUCUCAUAAUAAAUGUAAUAACUAAAUAUUAUUUGUGAGGUUGAAAUUGUAUUCUUACUUUACUGAAACGGUAUGUAAUAUGAAUUGUCUGGCGUUCUGAUUUAACUGCCAUGUGAGAUUAAAGAUGAAGCAAGCCUGGUUGCAGCUCUGGCUGAACCCAUAUAAUUGUACAUAAUUGAAAGUGUGACAACUUUAAAGUAUAAACUAUAUAGAAAUGUUGAUUUGUUAUAUCGACUUGUCAAUAUGUACAUAGUGAUGUAUGGACGUUGAUUUAAUGCUUUGUAGGUUCGAUAUUUGAAUGGUUAUGGGAAUCUAAUUUUAAAAUUAUUAAUCUUGCUAUGUUUAGAAUAUGACUUUCUGGUAAAUUAAUUUAUAUUAUACUAAUAUUUUCACUGUUGCACUCGUUCAGAUAAUUUUCAAGUUCACUAAACACAAUAUUUUUACUAUCACUCUUAGAUAUUUUUUAUCAUAUCGAACAUAAUGUGACACCAAAUUUGUAAAAGCACUGAUUGUCAGUGAUUUUAAGUUGGAAGGCAUGACAUGUAUAGUAUAAAUACUUUGUAUGUCUAUAAAAGCAACAUUCUUUCUACAUAAUAGGCUAGUAAAUAUUAACGGUUAGAGUGAAGUAUGUCCAUAGCUUUAAAUGUGUCGUGACCGUAUCAACGGUUCCAUCAGUGGAAGGCAAAGAGCUACAUUCGUACCAGUAGAUAGUGGUAGUGUAAAUUUUUAAGAUCAUGUAAGUGCCUCUAAUUUAUGGGGUGGUUUUUGUUUAGCUACCAGAGUGUCUCAACUUGUUCAGGAACAUUGAAUAUCUCAUUGAAUUACAUAUUUUUAUAUAAAACUCAUAUAACUGAUAUAAUAUUAAAACUGAGUCAUCACAAUAGGAUAAUAUGAACAUGUUAGCAACGAUGAUUAAAUUGUGUACAAACCUAGAAGCAAAAACAUUUUGUAUGUAUUUUAACUGACCUAAAUAUUCUUAAGAAAUGUAGAAGUGAGUUUUAAAUUGACCGAUAUUUCAUUUAUAAUUUAUUUUUCAACAGAUAUAGCUAGAGUUCUUCAUCUUUCUGUUUUAUAGUUUCAAUUCUUCAUUGGCUAGUAAAAUUUUCAGUUUAAACUAUUCACAUAUGUAUGUCUUCCUCGGUAAGUUCCAUAUAGCCAGGCAAAUGGUUGACAGCUUAUAAUAGUUAGGUGACAUUCCAUUCACAUUCCCUCGUAAUAUAAUGUCCAAAGGCUGUACAAUUCUUAGGUCGAUAGUGAGAUAUAGGAAAUCGAAAUGUAUAAAGUGAGGGUAGAUUAAUAAAAUAAAAAAAGUGUGUGUGUGUACUUAUGUAUGCACGCAAGGAGUUAUACUUCUUUGGCGUAACAAAGCAAAAAUCCUUAAAAUUAUUUAUUCCUCCUCCUAUUCCACGUUUGUAGAAAGAACAAUAUUGUAAAAAUCUUGCAAAGAUGGCCCUGACAAUUAAUUAUUAAAUAACGAAUACGGCUGUAUGGGCUUGAACUCUUUGCCUGUCCUUAUAAUGGACGAAGAAACAAAAAAAAAAAAUAACGAAUGUCGCAAACGUCAGAAAAUUUUAGGAACCAACUUCACCCUGUUACUUUUGAGUUAUAGUGUUGCGCGCGCAUCUUAAAAUUUCACUCUCAUAAUUUUUUCAUAACAUGCCAAAAGAAGUAUAACUUCAAAAAAUGCUUUUGUUUUAAUUAGUGUUAUAUAAAUGCGCGCCUUUAGAUCAUUCGGUUCCUUUUGUAUAUUCUAAAGUUGCACAAUCACAAGAGACCUUAGUUAGGAGUAUAAAUUGUAAUAAAAAUACAAAUUCGCUUAUAAUAUAAGUAAUCCUGGCUGUGGAACAGCUAGUAACUGGUUUUAACAUUGUAUAAACGAAAUAUCAUAAUAUAUUUAGGGCACAUGUAGAUUGUUAAAAUUGGGAUUUUAAAUAUUAUAUUGAAUUUUUUAAAUGUUUUCCACUUUGAUUAUAUUUUGAAUCAUACUGUGUCGAGCUGAUAACAAUUUGCAGAUGAGCAUUUGGUUUUGGCUUUGCAAACAAACGCACAAACUUAUAGAUGUGUAAUACAGUCAGGGAGCUGAGAGAAUUGCGGUCAAUGAUCUCAAAUCAUACUGUCUUAUACAAUAUGAACUCACGAUGUGUCGUUGUGUGAAUGAGACGGAAACAUCCUUUAUGAUGAUGAGUAUUAAAGGUCAAUGACCUGAAAAUUCUCUGCUCCAUGACUGCUCUAGAAUUAACUGGUUAUUUCUGGUGUAUUGUUCUUAUUUGCUAGUUUUAUUUAAUAAGCAGAUAGAAAUUUGACAGAGUAUUUUUACCAUAGGGUAUAUAAUUCUUAUAUGUCAGAUUUUCUGAAGACCAUUUUGUAUGUAUGUCAUUUUUUUUAGGGAAGGACGAUUACGUGAUACGUGCUCCCGUUUAUUUUGUGUGAUAAAAUCAAGAUUUCAUCGUAACCUUAAGUAAAAUUUCUUUAUACACUUAAAUAGUCACCGUCGCCGUGAUGAGUUCAUGAUGAGUUCAGCUGCAACUGCUAUGCACGGAGGUUGAAAUUAACUAUAAGCAAAAAGGAAUAAAAGGCAUUUAUUUUCGCAAAAUUGAUUCCUUUAGAAUUAUUUUUGAUGUCAUUUCUAAUAUACUAGACACUUCUACCGCUUCGUAAACAAAUGGCGCUCUGAGAGAUAGACGCGGCGCAAUAAACUCUCCCAGCAUUCAUUUUUUUGCGCUCUUUUUAAUCAAUUAUGCAAUAUUAUACUUACUGUCAAUGACAGGGCACAGUUUUAAUUGAAGCCCGGUCUAGCCGGUCUAGCAUUAGUUAGGUAGGUUUUUGAUGGUGGCAAAAUUGUCCGGUAAGGGUUAUAUAACAACUGCCUUAACAUUUACUCUGUAACUGCGUUAACGAAAUAACACACGUCAAAACGACUUUAAGCCGUGGAUCAUUAUUUAAUACAGGUUCUAAUUAAAUCAAUAUCACUUUAUUCAUGUAGGUCACGGAAAUGACACUUAUGAAUGUCAAAAAAAAAUCAUAUUGUAUUUACCGCCUACGUAAAGUGUUGAGCUAAUGAGAAGAAGUGGCAAGAAACUCAUUGCCACUCAUUUGACAACAUUCUACAUUUUCAUUGUCUUACAAAGAAAUCAAUAUCACUUUAUUCAUGAAGUCACGGAAAUGACACUUAUGAAUGUCAAAAAAAAAAUUUGUUAUUGAAUUUUCCGCCUUCGUAAAGGGUUGAGCUAAUGAGAAGAAGUGGCAAGAAACUCAUUGCCACUCUUUUUUACAACAUAAACAUUUUCAUCGUCCUACCAAUCAUUUCAAUUACGAUAUAUUAUGUGAUAUGAGUGAUCUAAGUCUUGAUCAGGUAGGAAAUCAUCACGACGGGUAUCUCGGGAGUAUUUAUAAUGGCGAAAAUAAAUUAACUUUAAGUGUUAAGAGCUUAAACUGAUGAACGCUUGUUUUUAUCAUGUUUUGUAAUCUAAUUGGCAUGAUGACGCUAUCAAAGAAGCAAACAAAAUAGUUUAAAAUAUAUUUGAUGAAAAGCUUAUAAAUGGUAUAAAACUCAUUAAAAAGAAUGUCAAUGUAAGUAUAAUGCAACCGGCCAUGUUAGCUGAAACACCAGAGUGAAUGACGUCACGGUUCACCUGAAAUUCCUUUAAUACGCGUUUUAAUUCUGAUCCGUGACGUCAUAAGCGGCCAUAAUGACACGAGCGUUUUUUCGCGCUUAAUUUUAAAUUUAAAAAUAGAAUAUUCGUUAUAGCUUCUUUUAUAGAAUACAAGAUCUGUCAUCUUGCCAUUGGUUGGUUAUCGGACAAUUUUUACAAUGUGUUUUUGUUUUAGAAAUCAUGUAAUAUUUAUAAUGUAUGCGAAGCAAUGGUAACACAACCGACGAAUACCUUAAAUGUACAAAUAGCAAUUAGUUAUAUGAAUAAUUUAGUUUUUCGAUUAUUUAAUUCAUGUGUUUAUUUGAUUAAAUAAAGGAACUUCAAAGGUUGUGGGUGAAGUUAGCGAACUCACACUUGGUAGGCUGAGAUCUAUAGAGUGUUAUUAGGUACUUAGUCAUUGCUCAGACUUUACUUACGUAGAACAUAGCUGAGUGUGAUAAAACGCGAACUUGAUAUUUGCAUUGGGCUGUUUUAGCUCAACAUAGUUUCAGCUGUUAAAUGACCAUACAAACGAAAUCAAACAUAAUGCUAAGCUAACACUCGGCCAUACAAACGAAAUCAAACAAUGCUAAGCUAACACUCGGCCAUACAAACGAAAUCAAACAAUGCUAAGCUAACACUCGGCCAUACAAACGAAAUCAAACAUAAUGCUAAGCUAACACUCGGCCAUACAAACGAAAUCAAACAAUGCUAAGCUAACACUCGGCCAUACAAACGAAAUCAAACAAUGCCAAGCUAACACUCGGCCAUACAAACGAAAUCAAACAAUGCUAAGCUAACACUCGGCCAUACAAACGAAAUCAAACAUAAUGCUAAGCUAACACUCGGCAAUACAAACGAAAUCAAACAAUGCUAAGCUAACACUCGGCCAUACAAACGAAAUCAAACAAUGCUAAGCUAACACUCGGCCAUACAAACGAAAUCAAACAUAAUGCUAAGCUAACACUCGGCCAGGCCUGUCCCCCUUGUAGGUAUCAAAAUCACUAUUCAUGUAGGUCACGGAAAUGACACUUAUGCAUGUCAAUAAAUUCUAAUUUUAUCGAAAUCGUAAGUACGUGCGGCGGCCUCUGCACAGUAGGCCAGUCAGUAGGAACUCAGGGGGGUGCAACUUCCCUACAUUAGCACAUGAACAAAGUUUGCAUUGAAAAUGCUGCCACCUAUUCUAUUAGGUACGCUGCAACUUCACCACGAUGGCAAUAAUUUAACUUACACGAUAGAUGGAGCUAGUGAUAGCAAAAAACUCACUUAACUUACUUAUUAAAGACUUGACUAUCGUGUUGUAAUCAUUGAAUGCCUCUCCUUAUUUAAAGGUAACUAGCUGAACUUAAUAAACGAAAAAGAAUUUCCACCCACACAAAACAAACAUCAAUAUGGAUUCAAUACGGUCUACAACCAUAGUAAAAACUAUAAGCAUAAUAGCGCCAUCUAGCGACGGUACCAGAGGUGUGUCAUUGAAGGUUUUUAAAUUAAUUUCAUUUAACUGUUUUAUACCAAUGGUCAACAGGUUGAAAAAACUGUUAAAUCGUCAACGGGUUUUGAAAAAUCGGUUAAUGCAUUUAUUAAUAAUUUAGGUUUAUAUUUCGUCAAUAUAAUGGCAAGUAAACGUUUUCGUUCGCAAAUUCGUCAACUGUUUUGAAUUAAGCUGUUUUAGUGAGGCAUUCAAUUUCUUCAUUUAUUGCGAGUUACGGGCGAAGAUGAAUGAUUGAAUUUUUUAAGCUUUUUUAUCUUCAACAGGUUUUUUCGUUGAAGAAAAAAUAGUUAAGUCGUUAACGAAUAUAAAACUGUUAAUAAAAACAGUUUAAUGAUUUAACGACCACCUCUAAAUACAACCAUAGUAAAAAUUAAGCAUAAUUAGCGCCAUCUAGCGACGGUACGCUAAGAGCGUAAAAAUAACGCGGCGGCAGCGCCAUCUCUUAGCCUGGGUACACUGAUUUUACAAAAUAAAAACAUUAGUAGUUUCACAUCUAUCUCUAGUAUAUUGUGUAUUAUCUACGUAGGGACUCACGAGCGAUGAGUGACGCACGCGCGAAAUUUGUUGUCUAACUUGUACUUCACUGAUUCGAUUGAUUUUUUAAAAAUGUAGAAACAUAAAUAAAGAAAAGCAAGCUAAAGGUCGUUUCAAUCCAAAUUUAAAUUUUUUAUGCUUCUUAAAGACACUGAAACAAUCCAAUUGAAAGUGAUUAUUAUUAUAAUGAAACUAGCUGACCCAGCAAACGUUGUAUUGCCGAUAUUAAAAUCGCGAUACAAAAGUAACUGUUGAUCGUAGAUGGGUGGAAAUUUGAAGUUGUAUGUAUUUUUUAAUGCUGACUCAUAAUUAAACAAAUUAAAAAAAAAUGUCAAAAAAAUAAAAAAAAUAAAUUUGCCGUGGACCACCCUUAACAUUUAGGGGGAUGAAAAAUAGAUAUUAUCCGAUUCUCAGACCUACCCAAUAUGCACUCAAAAUUUCAUGAGAAUCGGUCAAGCCGUUUUGGAGGAGUUUAACUACAAACACCGCGACACGAGAAUUUUAUAUAUUAGAUUACCAUUCGUAAUAGCUACCUAUUUAUUUCCUAUGUACUAAGUAGGUUUGACUAUGCUGUGGUGUUCCACGCAUACAUUAGGUACUAUCUGCAACAAAUGUAGGUUUGACAACGAAAUAAUAUUGAUUUAAAAUUGCGAUUACAUAUCUAUUUAUAUUAUAAUAAUAAUAUUGACACACUUUUUACACAAAUUAUCUUGCCCCAAGUUAAGCAUAUAUAUAGCCUGUGUUAUGGGUUACAAGACAACGAUAUAUUUAAUACAAUAUACUUACUUAAACAUACAUAAAUUCAUAUAAACAUACAUAUUAACAUGCAUAAAUCACAUUUAAACAUCCAUGACUCGGAAACAAACAUUCAUAUUCAUCAUAUAAAUGCUUGCACCUACCGGGAUUCGAACCCGGGACCUCUAGCUUAGUAGGUAGGAUCGCUAACCACUCGGCUAUACAGGUCGUCUUCGUCGUCGUAUUAUAGAAAACACUGAACUAUUUUUAUAAGAUCACCCAACCCUAAUGUCGCAAGAAGAGGAAAGAGUCACGCGAUAGAAAGAGAGGCAACUACUAGGUGAAUAAAAAUGUAGGUCUCUGUGCGAUCUGAAUUACACCUUAUUGUGUGACCGCAAGAGUCCCUAUUUCUGUAAUUGAUUCUGCGGAGUGAGACUUCUGUACUUGUACUAUAUAUAUUAUAAUCUUUUACUCGGCUAAGUUUUACUUAAGUAAAGUCUAAGUAAGCUCUAUAGAUUUCAAUCUUAACCAAGCGGUCAAUCGAACUGCAGACUGAAAGGGUCAAUAACCUAGGGCCAAUUCUAAUUUCCGUCACCUGCGGGCAAGUGAUCACUGUCGCCUAUUACGUAUUGCAACACCAAAUAAUUUACCGUGAUAAAGUGAUUUUACGUGCUUUUGUAGUAUCAUAGCUUUUUGCCUAUGAAAUUAUCAUUUUAGAAAGCACAAGUGAUUAAAAUCAAACAAGGAUUCCUAAAAGUUUAAUGUAACAUAGUCGUUGAUUGACGAGUUUGAAGUGCUUUUAAAGUUUUUGUAAAUAUUUUUGCAUUAUUGAGCGUUUAUGUAUAUAGAGGUUCGAAUGUGAAAAAUAUGGGGCCUGUGUGCUAGGUACAACUGCCAACAAAAUCUUUUAUAGCACAAAUAUGGUGAAAAUAAAUAAUUAAUGAACGAUUUUUUAGUAAAUACUAGUUUAAAUAUAAGUUAAUUACGUGGAGUGUAGUAUGGAUAUGCUGAUAGUAUGAUUAUAGUCGGAACGCACCACAAAUAUACAUAUACAAUAUGUUGUUUUUAAAGUGAUAACCCUCACUUCUAGGAUUAAUACACAAAUAAAAUUUGAAAAACAAAAUUUUAUGAACGAUGCGGGAUUCGAACCCACGACCUCCGGCGUUCCGUGCCGGUGCUCUAACCAACUGAGCUAACCGUUCGAGUACCGCCUCGUUAUAAAAUUCUGUUUGCUUUGUUCAACUCUCAGGUUGUAGCUUCAUCUACAGGAUCUACUAUACAGCUGUUGAUAACCUGCUCAACCACAAUAUUUGCAUAUUAGGAAAUUGACUUGAGAUGUCGCUCUUGUAAAUCUAAACAAUAUGUUAUGUUUUUAAAAUGAUAACCCUCACUUCUAGGGUUAAUACACAAAUAAAAUUUGAAAAACAAAAUUUUAUGAACGAUGCGGGAUUCGAACCCACGACCUCCUCAUAAGAUUUUGUUUUUCAAAUUUUAUUUGUGAAUACAUCAUUAGUUCAGAGGUAACAUUAGCCAUUACGAGCAGUAGAAUAAAAAAAGCGGCCAAGUGCGUGUCUAGCAAGUAUCAUAAUAUAAAAGUUCUUGAAGUUCGUUCUAAUGAACGUUUAAAAAAAAACUACUUGCUAGAUCUCGUUCAAACCAGUUUUCGGUGGAAGUUUGCACUAUAAUGUACAUCAUAUAUUUUUUUUUGUUUUAUCUCAUUCUCUUAUUUUAGAAGUUACAGGUGGGGCACAUUUUACUACCUUAGAUGUGUCUAUUUUGUGUGAAAAUCUUAAUUCGGUUCACAGAAUAUAUCUACUUACCACGUUUCAACAGUAUAGUUUAUAUAGUUUCAGAUAAAAGUGGCUGUGACAUACAGACGGACGGACAGAAAUGACGAAUCUAUAAGGGUUCGGUUUUUUGCCAUUGGGCUACGGAACCCUAAAAAUGGAGGUCUAAACCAAAUCAAGGAUUUUUUUGGCCAUAAACCAUAAAGUAUAUUGAAAAAUAAUUUAAAUAUUUUUCUUUUAUUGUAUUUUAGUUUGAGCUGAUUGUCUUCUUACUAAUGCUCUAAAUAAAUAAAACAACAAACAACCUUAGAAAAUUUAUACGUCUAGAUAGAGUCUCUUACUGCUAGACAACCGAUGAAAACAGGCCAGGAAUAUUAGUUUAGUGUGCGUGACAAGCUACGUCUUACACUCGCGAUUUUACGACACAUUGUGUAAGUGUGUGUGCAUUGCUCAAAGUGUAAGUUAUAGUGAAAUUACUGGGCAAAUGAGACUUAGCAUCGUAUGUCUCAAGGUCACGAGCGCAAUUGUAGUGCCAGUAUCUAAGGAUACUUUACAUAUCCCGUUCUUAUAGAGUGUGUUAUUACCCACAAUAAGACGUUGAUUUGUUAAUUUUUCGCGGGAUAACAUUUUGACCUUUUUUUUUUUUUCAAUAAUGUGACAAUACCAAGAGGACCAAAAUAUUGGAAAUGUCAAAUCUGAAGUCCAGAGUUGACAAGUUAAUAUCGCUACUGCACUCUACGUAUGUUCAGAUAAUUUGAUUUCCAUGCUUACAGACCAUAAUGCCUGUUUAACUACAACGAAUGCCUUAGAUAGCCUAAUAUUGAUGGACCCAUAGACUGAGAAUAUACUAGCGUAGAUACAAACUGACAGCCCUAUGAGAUUUUCUUGUUUAAAUAUUAAAAUUACUACGGAGCUCAUUUCAUGCGUGAGGCUGACUGUUGACGACUUGUCAAUCAAAAUCGGUUACAGUAAGUAUGGUUUCGCUUUCUCUUGAGGUCUAUUACCAAAAUCGAAAGACGAAGUUUCGGUCCAAAGCGAAAGAACGACGUUCUUCGAUUAUUUCGUUUUAGGUACUAUAGACAUAACCAUAAAACGUGAAGUUAUACUUACGAUCAUAAUAAUGUCCAACAACGUAAAAGUGAAUUUGGGAAUAAGUAUGGAAUGUAGAAGCAAGGAGAAUCAUUUGUUUUUUUAUCUACACCCAUGCUUUAAAUCCUCUAUUAAAAAUUCUGAAACAGUUAGCUUAUUGCCAACAUUAAAACACCCAAUGUUCUAAUAACCAUUACAUCAUCCAAAGGAGUGUUGUAAUGUUGUACUGAAUUUUAUAACAAUACUCCUAUGUUUUUUUUUAUCCCUUCAUGCGCAAAGAGUUUCAACAUACAGCCACAUUCUUAUUGCUCGAUUCGUGGUAUCUGUAUGAAUUUCAAAAAAAGAACAUUUUCGUUUACGCGCGCUCCACACUGCCAGAACGUCGCACGCCGUAAAAAAAAGUAGGUUAUUCGAAUCUCCGCCAUUUUUCUUCGAUAUUUUUAUUGUUUUGUUUACAAAAAAUGAGCGAUUCAUUUUAAACGCUGCAAAAGAACAUUAUAUUCGAGUGAAUUUUAAUUAUUGCACUAUACAAAAUGUAAAUUACUACUAAAAUAAAUAAUUGUUUCAUUAAUACUUAGUUUAUUUGUAUAUAAUCAGUAAUGAAUGAUAUUAGGUAAGUAAGCUAACUGUUCCAGAAUCUUUUAGAGGAUUCAUAUUCUGGGUGUAGAUAGUCUUGUAUGCAACUGUUGAUAAUUAGGUAUUAAAACACUCAUGUGAUACUAUUAUCACAUUCGUGUUUUAAUACCCCUUAUUACACAACAGUUGCAUAAAUAACUAAUGAAAGUGUCCGUCAAAAUGCAUUAAAUUAGGGUGGCGCUACAGUCGCAUCAGAGUAAAUCUUAAAAGAAGCGUCAAAUUUAAAAUAAUACUUAUCACUCUAGCUACACGUUUUGUCAUAAUAACUCUAUAAGGUUAUAUUGACAACAUUAUUUUGUAUAACGUAAGCUGAUGAAAUUUUCACAUUUUAACUACUUUAGUCGACAAUAAUAUUAAAUUUCUUUACUCAGCAUACUUCAUACCAUACCCUGUGCCUACACCAGCGCCAUUGCGGAAGCUUUCUGAACUAUUAUUUACCUCAUAAGCUGGACACUUUUAAACUUUUCUCUCUUAAAAGAUGAUACUCCUUACCUCUACCCUACAUAGGAAUAAGGUUAGAUAGACAAAAUAUCUAAUCGCGAACUUUUCGUAUCGACCUUCGGAUCCGGAACACUUUCGUAAUAGGAAAAUGUACUAUCCGUCAACCGAAAUUUCAUAUUUCGAUUUUGAUAAUAGGGGCUCCAUAUAGAUUUGUUUGUUCAUACGUUGGUAUAUAGGCAGUCUUUGGAUGGACCUGCUUUCAGGAAUUGUUCAUUUGUUCAAUGAUUAUAAUUGUUUAUUAGUUUACAUAGUUGUUAUAGUUUAAAUACCGGAAUAUGCCAUUUCAUGAUUUGUAAUCUUAGAUUAAGGAUUGGUCUCCGCUGCGCUCCAGCUAGAUACCGCACUACCUAAACAUAGCUUUUUAUUACGGCAACUAUUAGAUGCUUGUGUGCAUCUUCAAAUUUUGUAACAUACGCUUCGUGUUAUUUUACAUUGUAAUUAAUAAAAUACAAAAUACUUACUGAUGAUACGUGAUCCCAGUGUCUUUCUUAUUUCUAGUAGUAUUAUUUUUACAAAGUUUUACUAUUACGUAGUAAAACUUUUAGUUUCAAUUAUUAGCAAAGUUUAACAGAACAUGUGGCACGUCAACGUCACACAUCGUUCGAGACUGCGGUAUCGAUUUGAAGCGCAGCGGAGUCCAAUUCUUAAUCUAAGAUUGUAAUAUAAUUUUAAAGUAAGUUUUUUCUGUCAAAAUUUGUAUAUCAAGUAAUAAUGAGCACAUUGAUUCAGUGGCGCGAAAGUUUUUCGUAAGUUUGUUAACUAUUUAUUUAUUGAAUAUUUAAAUAUCUGCACAUAGGAACAUGAGGUUGUAUUCAGAAUAAAUCACGAUAAAUGACAAAUAAUUUGUGUGUAUAUUGUUUAAGGAUAAUAAAAUGUUAUAUCAA